AUGGCGUCUGUGUCACCUUUAGCCAAGUUCAAGCUCGUUUUCCUCGGAGAUCAAUCCGUCGGCAAGACCAGCAUCAUCACUCGUUUCAUGUACGACAAAUUCGACACCACUUACCAGGCUACAAUUGGGAUUGAUUUUUUGUCAAAAACAAUGUACCUUGAGGACAGGACUCUUCGUCUGCAACUAUGGGAUACUGCUGGGCAGGAGAGAUUUAGAAGUCUGAUACCAAGUUACAUCAGAGAUUCUUCUGUUGCUGUCAUUGUCUAUGAUGUUGCAAAUAGGCAGUCAUUCUUGAACACCUCCAAGUGGGUUGAUGAUGUUCGUACAGAGAGAGGCAGCGAUGUCAUCAUUGUUCUUGUUGGUAACAAAACUGACCUCGUUGACAAGAGGCAAGUGUCGAUAGAGGAAGGGGAAAACAAAUCUCGUGAUUUUGGAGUAAUAUUCAUGGAGACGAGUGCCAAAGCAGGAUUUAACAUCAAGCCACUAUUCCGCAAGAUUGCAGCAGAAUUACCAGGAAUGGAGGCAUUUUCUUCAAAGCAGGAUAUGGUUGAUGUGAACCUCAAGCCAUCAACCAAUUCGUCUCAAGGGGUGCAACAACAAGGUGGCUGUUCGUGUUAA